AUGAUCUUCAUCCUCGUUUACUGCACUGCUGGUAUCUCUGGAUGGCAUAUUAACUCAGCAGUGACGUUUGGGUUUUUCAUAGCCCGUAAAGUGUCACUAAUCCAUGCUGUGAUGUACAUGGUGGCACAAUGCUUGGGUGCAAUGUGUGAAGUAGGGCUAGUAAAGGCCUUCCAAAAGUCUUACUAUGUGCAGUAUGGUGGUGGGGCGAACGAGAUCACCGAUGGCUACAGCAAAGGUGUGGGUUUGGCAGCUGAAAUUUUUGGUACCUUCGUCCUUGUCUACACUGUUUUCUCUGCUACUGAUCCCAAAAGAAGUGCCAGAGACUCCCUUGUGCCCGUAUUGGCACCACUUCCAAUUGGAUUUGCAGUUUUGUUCCCCCUCCUUGGUAACACACCUGUGUGCAAAAUGAUAGCAGCCACUUGUUGGGUGCCUAAAGGGGUUUCAAAGUCUCCUCCAGUCUUGGAAGAACCAUCUUCUAAAGAGGAAAUCAAAGAGAUACUGAAGAGUGGUGCUUUAGAUAGAAGAUGCCAUGUUCUUGAUCUCUGUUGGAUAACUGUGAGGGAGAAGAACAAACAUAUUUUCGUAUACAACUUCAGUACAGUUAAGUGA